ACAAGCUCCGAGUCACCGAACUAGAAAAUUUGUCUUUGUAAAUCGAUCCAUCGAUCUCGCCGAAUCCAAGAAUGACGGAUAUGAAGAUUCAAUCCGAAGUCUCUGAUUCCAAUCCACCGGAGGAUAAUCUACGGAAGGAAUCUCCAGCGCAGGCGGAGGUGAAUCACCGGAGAUCGUCGCCGGCGCCGCCACAACAGGUGCAGUGGAUGCCGAUGCAUUUUCCUCCUGCGGCGGUGAUGCCGCAUCAGAUGAUGUUUGCGCCGCCGCCGCAUUCAGCGUACCAUCAGUAUCAGCCUCACUAUUUCCCAUCUCGCGGAAACAAGCAUCAGAGCAGCUCCAAUGGUGAGAAUAAGACGAUCUGGGUCGGUGAUUUGCAUCACUGGAUGGAUGAGAAUUACCUUAAUUCUUGUUUCGCUUCUGCAGGCGAGAUUGUAUCAGUUAAGGUUAUCCGCAACAAAUACAAUGGUUUGUCCGAGGGUUAUGGAUUUGUGGAAUUUAUUUCUCACGGAAUUGCUGACAAGGUUUUACAGAACUACAACGGGGCAUCUAUGCCAAAUGCUGUUGACCAGACAUUCCGUUUGAACUGGGCUAGUUUUAGCACUGGUGAAAAGAGAUUAGAGAAUGGUCCCGAUCUUUCUAUUUUUGUUGGGGACUUAGCACCAGAUGUCACCGAUAAAAUGUUGCAUGAAACAUUCUGUGUAAAGUAUCCGUCUGUUAAGGCUGCAAAAGUUGUCAUCGAUGCCAAUACCGGCCGAUCAAAGGGGUACGGGUUUGUGAGGUUUGGAGAUGAUAAUGAAAGGACGAAAGCCAUGACAGAGAUGAAUGGUGCGAAAUGUUCUAGCAGAUCUAUGCGAAUUGGUCCUGCAACUCCGAAGAAGUCAACCAGUUACCAGCACGGUGGAUACAUGUCGAAUGGUGCCCAGUGUCGUCCUGAAGGGGACUCAUUAAACACAACAAUAUUUGUUGGAGGACUUGACCCGAGUGUCACUGACGAAGAUCUGAGGCAACCUUUUGCCGAGUAUGGUGAUAUAAUCUCGGUCAAGAUUCCUUCUGGCAAAGGAUGCGGAUUUGUCCAAUUCGUCAACAGAACAAGUGCCGAGGAGGCUUUGGAGAAAUUGAAUGGGUCUGUAAUUGGACAGCAAACAGUUCGCCUGUCUUGGGGUCGUAAUCCGGCCAAUAAACAGCAUAGGGGCGAGUUUCGAAACCAAUGGGUUGGACCGUACUACGGAGGAGAGUAUUACAACGGGUACGGGUAUAUGAUACCGCCUCCUCAUGACCCGAUAAUGUACAAUCCCGCGACUUAUGGAGCUUAUCCUAUGUACGGCGGUGAUCAUCAGCAACAAGUAAGCUGAGAAAAUUGAGUUGUUUUUCUUUCUCUGUAUGAAGGAGUGAACUUGCUGAAUCAGUAGUUCUGAGUAGGGAUUUAUCGUCAUCUCAAAUGUGUUCCUCCCUCCAGCGGUGGUGGGACUGGAGAUGGAGUUUUGAUGGAACCGUAGUGGGUAACUAGGGAUUUGAUUGAUUGAUUGAUUUAAUUUGUUACUCGGACCUCCCAGCACGAUGACAUCGAUCACUUUGGAGUUUGAGUUAAUAUUGUUCUUAUUUGUGUAAUAAUUAUAUGCAAUAGGUCAAAGAACU